CUUCACAUUGUAAAGCGCAAUUCGACUUAGCCCACUCUGUUUGUGUGUUCAGCUGGCGUCGUCCCCAGUCUGCGGCUAGAGUAUCAGGCCAGCAGAUGCACUUGUGAAGCCACGUCGCUCGCCAGCCAAGCAAACCCCUCCAGCCACCAUCAUGUCGUGGCUCGCCAAAACCCUUGCGCGCCCCGUCCGUCAAGGGCCAUUGGCACUGGGUCCACGGCUGAGGAAGAGCUCCUCAGCUGCCGCGGCACAGAAGGCAGAAGCAAAGUACAAAAUCGUUGAUAGGGCAGCCAACUUUCAGGAGAAGCAGGCCAAGCGGCCAGACUUUGAGCCCGGAAGGCCGAUCGAAGUCACCAAGCACCCUAAGCCCCAGUGGACUUACGGCCAAGGCGUGGAGGGCCACGAUGCAUCAACGCCUCACAAGGAGAUUGACCCCUACGCUGCGGACCGGCCCAUGGUGAACAACUACCGAUUGCUCAUCUCGGGCAUCGCGCCCCGACCUAUCGGCUUGAUAAGCACCGUCUCUGGAGACGGCGAGACCAAGAACCUCUCACCAUUUAGCUACUUUCAAGUCAUCGACCAUGACCCUCCGAUGUUCAUCGUCGGCUUCUCCUCACGGCCCGGUCGUGAAAAGGAUACCUUUCGAAAUCUCAAAGAGAUGGGAGAAUGCGUCAUCAACACUGUAUCGGAAACUAUGAUUGAAGCCGUCAACGCGUCGUCCAUUGACGCCCCCUACGGCCUGUCGGAAUGGCAGAUAUCAGGCCUCCACGAGGCGCCCACCUCAACGGUGAAGCCCGCGCGCGUGCAGGAGAGCGUUCUCUCAGUCGAGGGCAAGGUAGUGGACAUCAAAGAGUUUGGCGCCCCCUCGGAAGGCAUGAGCGUGGCGGGGCUCGCGCUCAUCAAGGCGACGCGAUUCUGGGUGCGCGAGGAUGCAACGAACCAAGAGGCCAGUCACAUCGACUUGGAAAAGCUGCGACCCGUGGCACAGCUUGGGGGCAUGUCGUACGGCCGCAUAUUAUCGACGUUUGAGCUGCCGAGACAGAGGUGGCAUGACGAGCGUCCGCGGAACGAGGCCCUCGCCGAACUGGAACGUCGGUCCAUGUCCAGUCGUCAACGAGAAUAGAAGGCUGAAGAGUGCAGCGUAUGCACCGCGGGCUGAAGAGGUGGAACACGCAUGAUGCAAUUUCCUUCCCCGCUUCUUCCUUUCACACCUUGCCGUGCUCGGGGCGCUCUAUCAAUUGAUUACGGUGCUGUUGGACGCUGCGCCGGGUUGGAAACCACACUGCCGAGGUCCUUCUGAUAACUCAAGCGGAACGGGUCCAAAUGCACGACUGACCUGUCAGUCGCCGAAAAUAAGAAAAGGUGAAGAGAUGCUUUUUUCGUCAAGCAUAGACGUAGGAGCGGGUAGCCAAUACGGCAGACCAGGUUGCAUGUGCGCGGUGCUUCAGUCCACUCAACUACUUGGCCGAGGGCCAUGCUGCAAGGGGUUCGUAGGCUACUCUCGAUAUCUCUGAGCAGUGAUUAGGUUGCGGGUUUCAAAGUGGUAGCUAGGGCCUCUUCUUGAGGAGCUUUGUAGAUCUCUAGAUUCUGCUCCGGCAUCAAUUCAUAAAGAG